GUAUAUAUCAUUGGCUGCUGCUUUGGGGGUUGAACAUCCUUCUGGGUGUCCAUUGUCCCCACGUAGCACGGAGGAACUUCUCUGCACUUCCAAGCAGAUUCCGACUUGCCGUUGUGUCCACGGAUGUCCUGUUUUCAAACUAUUUGAAGACUGCAUCAUCCUGCCUCCAGCACCAGCAGUUUCUCUGUUCUUGAUCAAUGUGAUUCACAGGAACUUUUAAAGUAACAAGCGAAAUGAGCCAGGGCCGUGGAAAAUAUGACUUUUAUAUUGGUCUGGGAUUGGCAAUGAGCUCCAGCAUUUUCAUUGGAGGGAGUUUCAUUUUGAAAAAAAAAGGCCUUCUGCGACUUGCCAGAAAAGGCUCCAUGAGAGCAGGUCAAGGUGGCCAUGCAUAUCUUAAAGAAUGGUUGUGGUGGGCUGGACUGCUAUCAAUGGGAGCUGGCGAGGUGGCCAACUUCGCUGCGUAUGCCUUUGCACCAGCCACCCUAGUGACUCCGUUAGGGGCACUCAGUGUCCUAGUGAGUGCCAUUCUUUCUUCAUACUUUCUAAAUGAAAGACUUAACCUUCAUGGAAAAAUUGGAUGUUUGCUAAGUAUUCUGGGAUCUACAGUUAUGGUUAUUCAUGCUCCAAAAGAAGAGGAGAUUGAGACUUUAAAUGAAAUGUCUCACAAGCUAGGAGAUCCAGGUUUUGUGGUCUUUGCAACACUUGUGGUCAUUGUGUCCUUGAUAUUAAUCUUUGUGGUGGGACCUCGCCAUGGACAGACAAACAUUCUUGUGUAUAUCACAAUCUGCUCUGUAAUUGGAGCGUUUUCAGUCUCCUGUGUUAAGGGCCUGGGCAUUGCUAUCAAAGAGCUGUUUGCUGGAAAGCCUGUGCUGCGACAUCCGCUGGCCUGGAUUCUGCUGCUGAGCCUUAUAGUCUGUGUGAGCACACAGAUUAAUUACCUGAACAGGGCCCUGGACAUAUUCAACACUUCCAUCGUGACUCCAAUAUAUUACGUAUUCUUUACAACAUCAGUUUUAACUUGCUCAGCUAUUCUUUUUAAGGAGUGGCAAGAUAUGCCUGUUGAUGAUGUCAUUGGUACUCUGAGUGGCUUCUUUACAAUCAUUGUGGGAAUAUUCUUGUUGCAUGCCUUUAAAGACGUCAGCUUUAGUCUCGCAAGUCUGCCUGUGUCUUUUCGGAAAGAUGAAAAAGCAGUGAAUGGCAGUCUCUGUAAUAUGUAUGAAGUUCUUAAUAAUAGUGAAGAGAGCUUAACCUGUGGAAUUGAACAACACACUGCUGAAAAUAUCUCCCGAAGAAAUGGAAAUCUGACAGCUUUUUAAUAAGAAAGAUGUAAUUAAAAGGUUAAUCUAUAAUUGUGUUAUAAAGUGAAUUUGAGUAUCAGAAUGAGUCUGAAAAAGCAUUGUUCUCAAAUAAUGUUCUCUAGAGACAAUCUUUUUUAAGGUUUCACUAAUCUGGACCAAGAAAUUACUUUUCUUACAUUUAAAUGAUGGUAGCUCACUAAAAUGACCUCAGUACAUGGCCACUUUCUUUUAACAUUGUAUUAUUAUAGAGGUAUUUUAAAUUUUCCUUCACCAAAAUCUAAAUGCACUAAUGACAGUUUUAAGUCGAUAAAAAUGCUUUAUUUUUUCAUUGGUGAUGAAAGUCUGAAAUGUAUAUUUGUCAUGGCCACUCUAUCAAUUCUUGACCAUUUUAAGGCUUUUUGAUUUAAAAAAACAAAAUUAACUCAAUACAUUAUCCUGUAAUUUACCUUACCUGUAAAAAUGACUCCUGUUUGAUGAAUUAUUUUAAUUUUGAAAUGUUAAUUUAAGAGACUCCUAAGUAAGUUAUUAAAUGAAGGAAAACUUUUACAACAAAAACAGAAAAGGUAGGAAAAUACCACACUGAAAUACUUCUCAGGCUGUGAGUUGCCACCGGGAACAUCUGAUGGCCUUCCUAGAUGGCACCUUGUUAAAGCAGCGCACCCUUUGUCGGACUACAGCCUGGCUGGUUUUAUUCUUCACUUACUCUAAUCCCUUGAUGCCUGGAACCUUGACUACCGUUUUACAUCAGCUCUUGUACUUUUCCAUAUAUUUUCAUAAGGAGUUAUAUUGUCAUUUAGCUCUUCUAACAAACAACUCUGGGAAAUGAAGUCAGAAGACUAGGGUAAUUUCUUAAAUUUAGCUCAUAUUGAAAUAAAAAGACAAAUUGAAACAAAGUUCUUUUCUAAGUCUGAAUGCUCAGAAUAAACAGGAUGUUUGUAAAAUAUG